GUUUUUAAUGAUGUAACACUCGCAGUUCGGACAAGGGUUUGAUGCUUUGAUAUAUAAAUGUCGUUCUAUGCUUGCGCGCCUCCUCGUUGCAUUUUGAGUUUCUCAUUCAUGUUCGAUCGAACUUCUUCAAAUUGAAGCCCUAAUUUUAUCCCAGUUCGCUAAUAGAUUAGUCAUGGAUUUCCAAACCCUUAACAGAAGAGAACUUCAAGCUCUCUGUAAGCUCAACAAAAUCCCUGCUAACAUCACCAGCAUUGCCAUGGUCGAGGCUCUCAAAUCUCUUAAGACGGUGGAAGGGAUUGAAGAGUUUUUGAAUUCUUCAAGAACAGAAACUGUCGGAUUGUCAAUUGAAUCGCCUGAAAGAAUUGAGAUUACAUCACCUAGGGUUCCUCGCACAAGCUCUAGAACUUCUUCACGAAAAAAGGCAAAGAUUGAGCUUAAUGAAGUCCUGAAAACUCCAUUGAUUUCCUGCACCAGAAAGAAGGAUCCAGAAACUUCUUUCCAUGAUGUGGCAAAUCAACUGAAGGAGUGUGAAGUUAUUGCAAAAAAUGAGAGUUUAGUGAAUCAUGAGAAGAACUGCAUACCAAAUACACCUGUGGAAACAUAUAGCCAGAUGAAGGUGACUAAAUCAACUCAUAAAGAAACUGUGAAAAAGGAAACUACUACUACUGUACAGAGAGCUUACAGCACAAGAAGAUCCACAAGGUUAGGUGCAAAGACAUCUCAAGGGGCAGGUGUAACAUCUAAAGAGGAUUUGGGUAAGCCCUUACAAGAGAGACAUGAUGUUAUUGUUUUGGAUGAAAGUGAUGAAAAUUCAAAGAUUGAGAAGGUUGUGCAUGUGGACACUACAUUUGAAAAUGAAAAAGAGAAGGUAGAUUGUUGUGAAGAGAUAGACAAUUUAAAGUUGAAAUUAGUUGAAGUCUUUGAGCAACUUGAGGAGAAAAGUGGCCAUGUGGACAAUCUAAAAUCAGGUGCAGAAGGCAUCUGCAAUCCAAGUGAACUCACUGAGCUGGAGCCCUCAAAAUUGGAUAAUCAUAAUGUUGAUGAGGUGAUGAAUGUAGAGUGUAUAGAGGAGAACAUCUCCGGAAAUACGGUUGAUUUUGUGAAUCCCAAGAGGCAAAAGGUGAGCAUGAGUUUUGAAGGUGAAGGUGGAGAACCACAAGAAUCUUUAAUUGAGGUUGAAAAGAUUCUGAAUCCUUCAAGUUGUGAAACCAAAAGGAUUGAGGUUACUUCACCCAGGGUUACUCGGAAAAAGGCAAAAAUUGAUGUUAAUGAAGAAGUCUUGAAAACUCCAUUGAUUUCCUGCACCAGAAAGAAGGAUCCAGAAACUUCUUCUUUCCAUGACGUGGCAAAUCAACUGAAGGAGUGUGAAGACAUUGCAAAAAAUGAGAGUUUAGUGAAUCAUGAGAAGAACUGCAUACCAAAUACACCUGUGGAAACUUAUAGCCAGAUGAAGGUGACAAAAUCAACUCAUAAAGAAACUGUGAAAAAGGAUAUUACUACAUCUGUACAGAGAGCUUACAGCACAAGAAGAUCCACAAGGUUAAUUGCAAAGACAUCUCAAGGGGCAGGUGUAAGAUCUCAAGAGAGACAUGAUGUUAUUGUUUUGGAUGAAAAUGAUGAAGAUUCAAAGAUUGAAAAGGUUGUGCAUGUGGACACUGCAUUUGAAAGUGGAAAAGAGAAGGUAGAUUGUUGUGAGGAGGUAGAGAAUUUAAAGGUGAAGUUAGUUGAAGUCUUUGAGCAACUUGAGGAGAAAAGUGUCCAGGUGGACAAUCUAAAAUCAGAUUUAGAAGGCAUAUGCAAUCCAAUUGAGCCCUCAAAAUUAGAUAAUCUUGAUGCUGUUGAGGUGAUGAAUGCAGAGGGUAUAGAGGAGAAUAUCUCCAGAAAUACGGUUGAUUCUGUGAAUCCCAAGAAGCAAAAGGCGAACAUGAGUUUUGAAGGUGAAGAUGGAGAACCACAAGAAUCUUUAAACGAGGUUGAAGAGAUUUUGAAUCCUUCAAGAUCUGAAACUGCUGAGUUGUCAAUUGAAUCUCCUGAAAGGAUUGAGGUUACAUCACCUAGGGUUACCCGGAAAAAGGCAAAAAUAAUGGCUGAUGUAGAAGUCCUGAAAACUCCAUUGGUUUCCUGCACCAGAAAGAAGGCUUUAUCACCUUCUUCUUGCCAUGAUGUGGCGAGUCAACUCACUGAGUGUGAAGAUGAAGAUAUUGCAAAAAACGAGAGUUUGGUGACUAAAUCAACUCCCCAAGACACUGUAAGCAAGGAUACAACAAGUGAACCCUUAGGGAUUGUGAAUGAUUUGGGUAAUUCCAUACUAGAGAAACAUGAUGAUGUUGUUUUGGAUGAAAAUUCAGAGAUUGAGAAGGUUGUGAAUGUUGUGAUGAAUGAAGUUGAUAAUCUAAAACCAGAUUCAGAAGUUGAUUUUGUGAAUCCCAACAAGGAAGAAGAGGUGAGCAUGGAUUUUGAAGUCCCUGAUGCUGGAGAAGCACAGGGGUCUUUAAUGGAGGAGAUUGGUGUUGAAACAAGACAUGAGUCAUCAGUAGCUCAUGUUUCUCUUGUUGAAGAAGAACACAACCAUCAAUUUUCAACAAAUGCAAAUGAUGAUUUUAUUAAAAUGACUGAGGUUUCAGACAACAUAAUUGAAGAGAAUGAAAAAGAAGUUGUAGUGGAUAUGGAUGUGGAUGUGGAUGAGAAGGCUAAGGCUAAGAGUGUAUUUGAUAAAAAUAGUAUAAGGCAGUUAAAGAAGAAACUGAAAGCAACUUUACUUAAUAGCCCACCUCCAACAUCAAUAAGGAUUAAGACUGAGGAUUCAGACAACAAGGAUAUAAAUAAACCACAGGUUGUUGUAGUUGAAGAGAAUGAAAAAGAAGAUGCUAAGACAGUCAUUGAUGAUAAGGUGACAACUACAGAAAUGGACGACUGAGAGCUAUCUUACCUUACCAACGGAAGUAUGCAAAAUUUUGACAUUUUCACUCUUAUUUAAAAUAGUCACAUAAACUACAAAAUACAUGGCUCCCAAGUUUUGAAACAUAAUAG